CCAAUAACUAGAGGCACCCAUGGAAGUGGACUCCGGCGAGGCGGUGGUGGCGGCGGCGGCCGAGGCGGUGGAGACCCACGAAGAAGUUAGCGGUGGCGGUGGUGGCGGAGGAUCGAAUUCCGGUGAAGAAGAAAAGGGGUUGUCUUUUGGUGGGAACCGAUGGCCUAGACAAGAGACUUUGGCUUUGUUGAAGAUAAGAUCCGAUAUGGGCGUAGCUUUUAGAGAUGCUACUCAUAAAGCUCCAUUAUGGGAUGAAGUUUCAAGGAAGCUAAGGGAGCUUGGAUUCAAUAGAACUCCAAAGAAAUGCAAAGAGAAAUUUGAGAAUGUUUAUAAGUAUCACAAGAGAACCAAAGAAGCUCGAAGUGGGAAAUCCAAUAAUACCAAAAAGAUUUAUAGGUUUUCUGAUGAAUUGGAGGCUUUUAAUCACAUUUCAUUUCAAUCUCACCACCGGCAAGUGGCGGCGACACCGUCGCAUUACGAUCAACCAGGGAAAAUAACCACCGAUACUAUUAUAUCGACGAUGAACAAUUCAUUACCACCAAAACCCUCAAACCCUCUUUCCAAUUUCCCAAACAUGGCGGUUAACGUGAUGUUUUCGAGCUCGACGUCGUCAUCAACCGCAUCAGAGGAAGAUCCGUUCCGAAGUAGGAGGAGGAGGAAGAAGAGAAAAUGGAGUGAUUUCUUCCUGAGGUUAACAAAGGAGGUAAUAGAGAAGCAAGAAGGGCUUCAAUUAAAAUUCUUAGAAGCCUUGGAGAGAAUAGAGAAUCAAAGAAAAUUAAGAGAUGAAGCAUGGAGAAUCAAAGAAAUGAAAAGGGUUAAUCAAGAACAUGAAGUUUUAGUUCAAGAGAUGUCGAUGGCCGCCGCGAAAGACGCCGCGGUCGUUGCAUUGUUACAGAAGAUAUCUCCAUUCCCAUCUCCGCCACCGCCACCACCGCCGCCACCGACUCGUCCUCAAGACGGGGAGAUAAGGCCGUCGAGAUGGCCAAAGGAAGAAAUUGAAGCAUUGAUAAGGGUUAGAACAAGAAUGGAAAUGAAGUAUGAAGAGAAUGGGGCAAAAGGGUUAGUGUGGGAAGAGAUAUCAACAGCCAUGAGAGGGUUUGGAUACAAUAGAAGCUCAAAGAGAUGCAAAGAGAAAUGGGAGAACAUAAACAAAUACUUCAAAAAGGUGAAAGAUAGCAACAAGAAGAGGCCAGAAGAUGCCAAGACAUGUCCUUACUAUCACCAAUUGGAUGCUAUCUAUAAAGAGAAGGAAAAAGGCAUGAGCUUUGAUAUCAAUAGCCAAAUGGAGCCAUUGAUGGUUGAGCCAGAGCAACAAUGGCCGCCACCAUUUCAGGUCAAUCAAAUCAUGGGGAAUCAAGAGGAAGAAGAAGGAGAAGAAGAAGAAAGUAGUUGCACAGAAGGGUUGCAAUCUUCAAUAAGCAUAUGAUAUCCAUUACAUAGUUGAAAAGGGGUAAAAGUUUGGCACAAAAAGCAAGCAACUUUGCAAUACAUGUGCUAAAGAGCACUAGAAUUUGUAUGAUAAUUAAUUGUUGUUGUUUAUAGUGGGAUUAAUUGAAUUUCCUUUUUUUCUUCUUAUAAUCGUAAUCAAGCUUAAAUUAUUGUCAAA